AUGUUGUUGAUACUCUACUGCCCUGCCUUGAUAUUAACCUGUAACCCUACUACCCUGCUGCCCCUCGAACCUACCCGACGCUCCCAACCGCCUAACUACCCUGUAACUCUGCCACCCAACCGUUUCAAAAACACAACUACCCUGCCACCUUGCUGCCCUUCCAUUCCGCCACCCUACCGUCCUACCACCUUGCUACUCCACCACCCUGCACCCUACCACCCUACCACCCUACCACCCUACCACCCUGCACCCUACCACCCUGCCUCUACCCAUGUCAGCCUAACCUUACCACCUGCACCCGACGACACGACCCUCACAAUCCUCCACUUCACUCCUACCACCUACAGUCUACCCGACUACACCCCUCUCAGUGUCGGAGCCGACUGGUCUCGUGGGCAUCACGUGUACCCGAUCCCGUUCGAGGCGAGCGUCGGCAUCCUGAGCGAAGAAGGCGACGAAGUCCCGAGCGCCGACGACGUCAAAUACAUCACCGACUACGAAGACGAGGAGACGGAGGUCCACUUCGAGAACGCCAAGUGCACGCUGGUCUGGAGCUUCCGCACGCCCGCCAUCUUCCCGCGGCCCAACAUCACCUGCGGCUAUUUCUCCUUCCUGAGCAACGAGGUCGAGGAACGCCUUCCCGCGGGACUCACCAUGCACCAGUUCAGCAACGGGUCCUGGCAGGCGUCCUUCGAGAACACGCACGUCCAGGUCGCCGAUAUCCCGAAGGACAUGAGGCUGGGCUGCACCGUCAAGGUCCCCAAAACAUCCUACAAGGAGGUGGUGAUGCCUGAGGACGACUUUCGCGUGGAUAACCUCAUCGACUCGGCCGGGUGCCCUAGCCUGGAGUUCGAGGACGCUGAGGUCCUGGUCGGCAUAAGGGACGCGACCACAACCUGCAGGGGUGACUACCUGUCGAGCACCCGCGACCAGCCAGCUAUCGCCAGGCUCAGUUGUCCUCCGGGUCAUGAGGCCGUGUUCCGAAACGGGGAGAAGCGGAGGCAUUGGGUCCAGGAACUUUCCUGUUUGGCUUACGAGCAGACGUGGAGGUCCCUGGUGAACGAGGACCAGCCUUCUCUUGGGGAGAUGUUCAGCGUCGAGGAUUUACCUUCUUGCCAUUUAGUUGUGAGCGCUGGUUACUCAGUAGCCUCCCAAUUCUGGACCCUCGCUUUGACCACAGUGUUAACGCUGGCACUUGCUCACAAUCUUUGAUCCAGUUCGUGAAGCAUGUAAUGGCGAGGAAUAUCGAGCCAGUGAAGACAUUAUAAGAGAGAGAGAGAGAGAGAGAGAGAGAGAGAGAGAGAGAGAGAGAGAGAGAGAGAGAGAGAGAGAGAGAGAGAGAGAAUGUUAAACGCUUCUGUCUGAAAGUAGAUAAUUAGUUACAACGGCUUCGUUUCUUCACCUGAAACUGUAACUGAACCCCUAGUGUUGAACCUUAGUAAAGGCAGAUCCAGGAAACAACCAAGCCCACCAUACCCAUGUCAUAAUGGUUGUAAAUGUAGUGCAGUUGUUGGAUUUUUUUACCGGACCGUCUGAGGAUCUGAUACUGCUUGUUAUCUACUUAGUGAAUAAUAGAAACAUAGUGACAUACAGUCUGAAAGAUUCAAGUGAAGAAAGACGCUCUGAAAAAUAUCAUACGAGUUGCUAAUAUCAAAGAAGGCAUUAGAAUCAUCCUCACAGGAUCGAGAACCUCCAUCCAAAGGCAGCAGGACAACGAUCUUCUUAUACCGUGCGAUAUCUUAUAUUUUGCGAUUGCAGUUAUGCGCCGUUGCAUCCCUGACCGCCUCAGAAGCGAAACAAUAAACCGAAGUGCAAGAGGAAACACGUGAUUUACAAGUGAUUGUUUGAGAACUUAUUCUAAACUGCCAUAUAUUUUUAAGGUAUUUUCUUUGUAUGUUUCUGUGUCCUUUGAUUUUGAUUUUUGCGUCUGAAUGAUAUGUGUUGUAAAGGAAAGUCAGUUCAGUUUUCCUUGCUAGUUAGACAGCGUGUGCUGUAUUAUGUAAAGAAAUUUUUUCGUAGCAUGCAUUUUUGUUUGCUGGAAAGAGUCGGUGAUCUGUUGUAGCCUUGGUCUGUUCCAGCCAGGGAUUUCUUAGCCUAUCCCUCUUAUAAAGAUGGAGUGCAACAUUUAUAGGGAUUGCCGUCGAGCAGCCAGCCGCCUCCACCAAACGAUGCUUUUCUGGGGCACAGAGUGUGUCGUACUUUACAUGCUUUAAAGUUGAACCAUAAAACAUUCUGAUACAAAUAUUUUUCUUACAGUUUUGCUGGAUGGAUUAAGAUAUGCAUUCUACAGUAGGCCUUGACAAUUUUAUUUGCUACACGUUUAUAUAAAUAUAUACGUGCACACACACGCGUUCACGCACGCACGCACGCGCGCACACACACACACACACAACACACACACAC